AUGGCGGUCAUCUGCUGGUUCAUGAUUCCGUUUCUGCUGUUCCUGGGAAUCCCUGGCAACGUGGUGAGCGUCAUGGUGUUCUACAGACAGGGUCUUGGAGAGAGAAUCAACGUCUGUCUCUUCCUCCUGGCGCUGGCUGACCUCGUCAGCGUCCUCAUCCUGUUCCUUAUGUAUGUCGAGGACCGAGUUAGGAAACAUGUUAGUCCAGACACCUGGUUCAUAGCAAUCUGGUUGGGAGGUUUAACCAGCGCCGAGUGGGCCUCUCAGUUGCUGUCGGCUGUCAUCGCCUGUGAGCGCUGUUUCUGUGUCGUCAGUCCCCUCCACGCCAAGCGGCUGCUGAAGACGUCCACCAUGACCGCCAUUGUUGUCGUCUGCUGUGUCGUGCUGAUGGCAGGGAUGCUUGAUCUAAAAGACACAGUUCGAGAAAAAGGUAAAAGAAAUCCAGAGUAG